UACGAAUCCAAAACUGAGAAUGAAAAAUAUUUUCAAAAUGAAAACUACAUCGAAUUUCGUCAAAAAAUUUGGGAUGUUAAUCAUCCCGAUGAAACUAUGCCUCCACUAGAUAAAGAAGCCGAUGAUGAAAUUGUAAUGGGAAGACAAAAAGAAUCUUUAUAUUGCCCAAUCACAACAUUAUUGUUGGAAGAACCAGUUACAAGUAAUGUGUGUAAACAUACAUUUUCAAAAGACGCUAUCUUGCAGUUAAUAAGGCGUAACAUGAAUUCAGUCCCAUGUCCAAUGACCGGUUGUGACAAGCUCAUCAUGGAACAUAAUCUGCAUCCAAACAAACGAAUAGAACGAAAAGUAGAGCAAUAUAAAGCGCAAUCUGAGGAUCCUAUGGAUGAUGUUGAG